AUGGCAACCUCACAAGUACAACCAUCCAUGCUUUCUAUUUUUGUUGUAUUCUUUUGUGUUUAUGGAAACGUUGUCUAUGGACAAUUUACCAAAUUUGAUAAGUUGACAUUGCCUCGAGGUGUCAUCGGUCCCGAAGCGGCUUCAUUUCGUGGAUUCAUGGCUGAAGGCCCCUUCACGACCGUCAUUGAUGGUAGGAUUAUGAAAUGGCAAGGCCCGAACAUCGGUUUUGUGGAUUUCGCAUACACUUCACCAGCAAGGACAAAGCAAUUUUGCGAUGGUACAACAGAUCCUGACAAGGGUCCGAUAUGCGGAAGGCCGUUGGCUCUUAGUUUUCAACCCAUAACUGGCCUUCUCUACAUAACAGACGCCUAUUUUGGCCUUCUAGUCGUAGGCCCUAAUGGCGGGCUUGCAACUCAACUCGCCGGUGGUUUCAAGUUUGCGUCCGGCCUCGACGUUGACUUGUUAACCGGAUAUGUUUAUUUCAUUGAUGCUAGUUUGACUUAUGAAAUCAGAAAUACUUCACAAACGGGAUUUAACUACGAUUCAACGGGGAGAUUUUUGCGCUACAACCCACUUACGAGACAAGUGUCAGUUUUGCUUAGUGGUCUGUCAGGCGGGGGUGGCCCUGCCGUGAGCGCGGAUAGCACGUUUGUUCUUGUACCAAAGCUCACUGGAUUGCGGGUUUUGAAAUAUUGGUUAGUUGGGCUUCGGGCGAAUACAACACAAGUUUUGGUAAAUGUUGCUGGGAAUCCUAAUAAAAUAAAACGAGCAGAAAGGUUGGGAGAGUUUUGGAUGGCGGUUUCAGUUGGACAAGUUCCACGAAGGCCUCCCAUCACACCUCAAGGAGUGCGCAUCAAUUCGAAUGGGGUCAUAUUGCAAACAGUGUCGUUUGCCACAGAGUUCUUCAAUAAAACAAUCAGCUUGGUUCAAGAGCAGAGUGGAAAACUUUAUGUGGGCUCUCGUUUCACCGAUUUCAUAGGUGUCUAUUCUAACUAGACACCUAUGUACUGUACCACUAAAUAAGGUUGAUAUGAUAAUUGAA